UUCAAUCCUCUCCAUCAUCGUUGAUCUCUCUCUCUCUCUCUUUUUCAUCUCUAUAAAGCAGAGAGCUUCACAGCGCGUGAAAAAUGGCUUUUCCCACUGAGCCACGACGCGUUUGAAUCCUCCACCUCUCUCUCCUCUCUUCAAAGAUUCCACCUACCUAUACUUAUAUUACAACAUAUAUAUAUGGUGCUACGUGUAUAUACUUCCAACAAUAUCAUCAUUCUUCUUCACCCAACACUUUGAAAACUCCUAUCAUAUACGAUUCUUGGAUCUAUGAGGCCGUUCUCCAAGAACGAUCGUCGCCGUUGGUCGUUCGAUUCAGUCUCCGCCGGAAGAACCGCCGUCGGCAGUGCGUCAACUUCACCUGGAACUGAAUACUCCAACGGCGGCGAAGAGUUCGUCGAAGUCACCAUCGAUCUCCAAGACGAUGACACGAUCGUCCUCCGCAGCGUCGAGCCAGCGACGGCCAUUAACGUCGUCGAUAUGAUCUCCGACGAAGCUUCCGGAGGAACAAUGACUCCGGUUUCCAUCUCGAGAUCUCCGACGAUGAAACGUACUUCGUCGAACCGGUUCCGUCAGUUCUCUCAAGAACUCAAGGCUGAAGCUGUGGCUAAGGCGAAACAGUUGUCUCAUGAACUGAAACGGUUCUCGUGGUCUCGUUCUUUUUCAGGCACUCUAACCACCACUUCCGCCGCGAAUCAAAACGGCGGUAUUGGUGGUGGUGGUUUGGUAAACUCGGCUUUAGAAGCAAGGGCGUUACGGAAACAAAGAGCUCAGUUAGAUCGGACUCGGUCUAGUGCUCAAAGAGCUCUACGUGGUUUGAGAUUCAUAAGCAAUAAGAAAAAGAACGUUGAUGGUUGGAACGAUGUUCAAUCCAAUUUCGAUAAACUCGAAAAAAAUGGUUUCAUCUAUCGUUCUGAUUUCGCUCAAUGCAUAGGAAUGAAAGAUUCGAAAGAGUUUGCAUUGGAACUGUUCGAUGCAUUGAGUAGAAGAAGAAGAUUAAAAGUUGAAAAAAUCAAUCACGAUGAGCUUUAUGAGUAUUGGUCACAAAUCAACGACGAAAGCUUUGAUUCUCGUCUCCAGAUCUUCUUCGACAUAGUGGACAAGAAUGAAGAUGGGAGAAUUACAGAAGAGGAAGUAAAGGAGAUAAUAAUGUUGAGUGCAUCUGCAAAUAAGCUAUCAAGAUUAAAGGAACAAGCAGAGGAAUAUGCAGCUUUGAUUAUGGAAGAGUUAGAUCCUGAAAGACUUGGCUACAUAGAGCUAUGGCAACUAGAGACUCUGCUUCUACAAAAAGACACAUACCUCAAUUACAGUCAAGCAUUGAGCUAUACAAGCCAAGCAUUGAGCCAAAACCUUCAAGGGUUAAGAAAAAAGAGUCGAAUACAUCGAAUGAGUUCGGAUUUCUUCUACUGCAUGCAGGAGAAUUGGAAAAGGAUAUGGGUUUUAUCAAUAUGGAUCUUGAUCAUGAUCGGAUUAUUCUUGUGGAAGUUCUUCCAAUACAAGCAAAAAGAUGCAUUUCAUGUGAUGGGUUAUUGCUUACUCACAGCAAAAGGAGCAGCUGAGACACUUAAAUUCAACAUGGCUCUAAUACUUUUCCCGGUUUGCAGAAACACCAUUACUUGGCUUAGAUCCACAAGACUCUCUUGCUUCGUUCCUUUUGAUGAUAACAUCAACUUCCACAAGACAAUUGCUGGAGCCAUAGUAGUAGGUGUGAUCCUUCACGUUGGAAACCAUCUUGCUUGUGAUUUCCCUAGAAUCGUUAGAGCCACCGAAUACGAUUACAAUCGGUAUCUGUUUCAUUACUUUCAAACGAAAAAACCAACAUACUUCGACCUCGUUAAGGGUCCUGAAGGGAUAACAGGGAUCUUGAUGGUCAUUUUGAUGAUUAUUUCAUUCACAUUAGCAACAAGAUGGUUUAGGCGUAACCUCGUCAAGCUUCCUAAACCAUUUGAUCGGCUUACCGGUUUUAACGCCUUUUGGUAUUCGCAUCAUUUGUUCGUCAUUGUCUAUAUCUUGCUUAUCCUUCACGGUAUCUUCCUCUAUUUCGCCAAGCCUUGGUAUGUUCACACGACAUGGAUGUAUCUUGCAGUACCAGUUUUACUCUAUGGUGGAGAAAGAACACUUAGAUACUUCCGUUCUGGUUCUUAUUCCGUUCGACUUCUUAAGGUUGCUAUAUAUCCUGGUAAUGUGCUAACGCUGCAAAUGUCGAAACCAACUCAAUUUCGUUACAAAAGCGGGCAAUACAUGUUCGUCCAGUGUCCUGCAGUUUCGCCAUUCGAAUGGCAUCCAUUCUCCAUUACUUCAGCACCUGAAGAUGAUUAUCUCAGCAUUCACAUUAGACAACUUGGAGAUUGGACACAAGAACUCAAAAGAGUGUUCUCUGAAGUUUGUGAACCACCAGUUGCCGGCAAAAGUGGACUUCUUAGAGCUGACGAAACAACAAAGAAAAGUUUGCCAAAGCUAUUGAUAGAUGGACCAUACGGUGCACCAGCACAAGACUAUAGGAAAUAUGAUGUUCUCUUAUUAGUUGGUCUUGGCAUUGGUGCGACUCCAUUUAUCAGUAUCUUGAAAGAUUUGCUUAACAACAUUGUUAAAAUGGAAGAGCAUGCGGAUUCGAUCUCGGAUUUCAGUAGAUCAUCAGAACACAGCACAGGAAGCAACGGUGAUACACCAAGACGGAAGAAAUUACUAAAAACCACAAAUGCUUACUUCUAUUGGGUCACAAGAGAACAAGGCUCUUUUGAUUGGUUCAAAGGUGUCAUGAAUGAGGUUGCAGAACUUGACCAACGGGGUGUGAUAGAGAUGCAUAACUAUUUGACAAGUGUAUAUGAAGAAGGUGAUGCUCGUUCUGCUCUCAUUACAAUGGUACAAGCUCUUAAUCAUGCCAAGAACGGAGUCGACAUUGUCUCUGGCACUAGGGUCAGAACACACUUUGCAAGACCCAAUUGGAAGAAGGUUCUCACUAAGCUAAGUUCCAAGCACUGCAAUGCAAGGAUAGGAGUGUUCUAUUGCGGGGUACCGGUUUUGGGCAAAGAGCUUAGCAAACUCUGCAACACAUUCAACCAAAAAGGUUCAACAAAGUUUGAGUUUCACAAGGAGCAUUUCUAAAAGACAAGAAGGAAGAAGCCAAAAAGCCCUCCUAGAUUCUUUAAUAUCUCACAUUUAGCCACUUAUAGUAUAUAAGCAAUCUCUUCACAGUUCACACUAUUAAUUGAAAGUGAAUAAACGUUCAACACACUGUCAAAAGUGAGUGUGUUAACGUUUAAUUCCACACAUACACCGAGGCAUACAUGUAAAUAUAUGAGACAGAAGGAGGAAGUUUGAUAGAAGCAUAUAGAAAAUUUUAAAGUUAUAUUU